AUGGCCCAUUCAUCAGUCUCGGAAACAGGUCCACUACUCCAGACGUCGUCAUUGUUCUUCACCAUGCUGCUUCCAGAACUAAGAUUCAUGAUUUAUGAGCACGUAUUUGGGCCAAAACACCUGCACAUGUUUAUUCACGACAAGAAGCUCGCCGGCCUGCGCUGCCUCGAGCCAACCUCGACGGAUACCAGCGACCACGAAAAGUGCAUCGGAUUGCCCCUGGAAACCAAUUUCACCAUGGAACAGGAGCAACUCGACUUGUUUCGCGACCGCCAGCCACUCUCCGAGAGGAGUCCGGUCGGUGCUCUCUUGACUGCCUGUCGAUUAAUAUACUCGGAGGCCGUAGAUGUCCUCUAUAGGACCAGCACUAUACACUUUAGCAACAUUGUGUCCAUCUGCGUAUUUCCACGGACCGUGAUCCCUCACCACCUUGACAAUGUGCGGCACGUCCGGCUAUCCCUCUUCCUGGAAUGGCGACGCGAUGGCCUCGUCACAAAAUCACACAAUGCCUUUGGCGGCGUCUGGCCCGGCUGGGACGGCGGCAUCGGCCAUGGCGACACGCCCUGGGAGUGCGUCUGGGCCGUGGUGGCGUCGAUGCGGUCGCUGCACACGUUGGUCGUGACGAUACACAUUCUCGGGUUCCGCGCUCGGCGGGAUGAGCUGUCUCGGCAGGGGACACAACUUGAUGACUUCGAGACGCCACUGUUUGAGCCGCUAAAGCAGAUUUCCCCCUGCAAUUAUUUCCUUCUGAGGGUCAGCUGGCCAUCCUCGGGUCAACAAUUUGACGAAUAUCCCUUUCGACUUGAACGCUUUGUCGAGCCAGAUCGAAUGCAGUCUCGCCGUGUAUGA